CGUCGUGUCAGCCGCACUGCAGAACUCUGCCGUUGUUUUCUCUCCGUCUCUGGAGGAGUUCCGGGAGCGUGGAGAUGCGGCACUUGGGGACGGGGCUCAGAGCGACGGAGAAGGACGGGCUGGAGUCGGGUUGGCGAUCCAGAGGUCAUUUCCACGCCUGGGGUCUCGGUGCCUCUCUGCAUCCAACCCAUCCUCGCCGGGAGCAGCGUGCCGCGCAUCCCACACCGCUGUGCUCCAGCGCUCGAGCGGGGCUCCCGCCGCCGCCCUUGGCCGCGCUCUGACGGCCGGCUCCUGCCCUUAUCCUUAUCGUCGUCCCCUCCCUUCCUGUGCGCGUUCGCUGUCCCUUUUGACAACCCUCGAGAGCGAGCUCUGCCCGGCGCCCGGUGACGUCACGCGCCCUCUCGGUCUCCAUUGGCCAGGCUGUGGCGGAGGCACCAAUGGGGACGCGGGGCGGGGCCGGAGGCGUCCCGGAGAGCGGCGCCAUGGGUCCGAGCGAGGCGGUGCUGCUGGGGCUGCUGCUGGGGGUGCUGGGCGAGGCGGCGUGCGGUGAGUGUUGCGGGAACGGGCUGCCCCCGGCCCCGGGACCCGCGGCUCCUCGUCCUGGGCUGCGUCCGCGGGAUCCCCGCCCGCGGCUCACGACUCCGGCGCCGUCUGUCCCGCAGUCGCACUCCCUGCGGUACUUCCUGACGGGGAUUACGGAUCCCGGACCCGGGAUGCCGCAGUUCGUGGCCGUCGGCUACGUGGACGGCACACCCUUCGGGAACUACAACAGCGAGCGCCGGACGGUGCAGCCCAUCGUGGACUGGCUGGCACAGGAGGACGUGAAGCACUGGGAUGCGGAGACCAAGAAGGCCCAGAGCGGUGAGCUGGAUUUCUACGUGGCUCUGGACUGGCUCCAGGAGCACUACAACAAAAGCAGAGGGUCUCACACGCUGCAGAAGAUGUUCGGCUGUGACAUCCUGGAGGACGGCAGCAUCCAAGGGUACAAUCAGGAUGCGUUUGACGGCAGGGACUACAUGGCCUUCGAUAUGAACACGAUGACGUUCACCGCGGCGGAUGCAGUGGCAGAAGUCACCAAGAGGAGAUUGGAGGCGGAAGGGACAUGCGCCGAGAGAUGGAAGCACAUGCUGGGCACUCUCUGCGUUGAGAACCUGAGAAGAUACGUGGAGCACGGGAAGGCAGCGCUGAAGAGGAGAGAGCGGCCCGAGGUGCGAGUGCGGGGGGAGGAGGCUGACGGGAUCCUGACUUUGUCCUGCCGCGCUUACGGCUUCUACCCACGGCCCAUCGCCAUCGGCUGGAUGAAGGACGGUGUGAUCCAGGACCAGGAAACCCACUGGGGUGGCAUCGUGCCCAACAGCGACGGCACCUACCACGCCUUGGCCACCAUCGACGCGCUGCCGGGGGACGGGGACAAGUACCGUUGCCGUGUGGAGCACGCCAGCCUGCUCCAGCCCGGCCUCUUCUCCUGGGAGCGGCAGCCCAACCUGAUCCUCACUGUGGCCGGAGUGGUCUUCGUGGCUGUUGUCACUGCUGUCGUUGGAUUGCUGGCAUGGAAGCGCAAGUCAGGGAAGGAUGAGAAAGGUUACAGAGCUGCACUAGGCCACGGUGGGGAAUCCAGCAGUUUGGCCACAGGGAGUGAAUCUUCCAUCUGAGUGCUGUGCUACUUCAGCUGGCCCUGCAUGCGUUUGGAGUUUGCGGGUGUGUGUAUCUCAGCUCGACCUGCUGUGUCUUCUUGGGCUGACGUUCCUCUGCUCCGUUCCGUGAGGUUUUCUGCUGGGGGUGACCCACUUCCGGGCAGAGCGCUGUGCAUCAUUUUGGGGAAGGUACCAUUGCAGACGCAUCGGGAUGAGAGCACUGGGUGCUGGGCCCAGGGGACAAGCGGAGCCUCUGGACGAGGCCAAGAAGAAAAGAGUUCACGUCCCAAACACUCCGUAGAAGUGCAAAAGAAACGAGCACAGCAACGAGACGAGGAGCGUGUGGAGGAGGUGGUGUUGCGAAGGUGAGGCAGCCAUGUCCUUCGCUCCUGGAGCUCUGCAGGUCCCACUGAGUAACAACAGGAGAACUCAGACCAGGAGAAUGUCUCGCAAAGUAUGGCGAUGCUCCACGUGGACCCAACCGGUGCUCAUUUGGUGGGGUGGACAGCAAGAGACCCUCCGCCCCACCAACCCAUUGCCAGAGCAUUCAGAUGGGCUCUGCCCACCACCGGAGACCCUUCUGGGAUGGUGUGAAGAAGGACUCGGCUCUACCAUAGGUGGGCGCAGGAACACAGAAAGCAAAGGUGCAUAGGAACAUAUAAGGCGCCCCACACUUAGGGGAACAGCUGUGACAUCGCUGGGUACAAGGGCAGUGAGUGCAUCUUCAUCUCUCUCCUCUCUCUUUCUCUUCCUCUCUUUCUUUCCAAGCCGUACCAGAAUGUACCACAAGGCAUCGCACCACAGCUUAUUGCUAAUUGGGUACAUCAUUGCGAUUGUUCAUAUAUUCAGCUUGACUGGAGUUACAGCACCAAAUUGGGCAUCCUUCAACCGGAGCUCAGCCCCUCCAGGGCCCUGACAGCUGAGAACAAGCUGGAGCAUGAGGGGAGUUGUUUCCUGCCAAAUGUCUUUGCACUCUUUGUGUGACGCCUUUGCAGUCAAAUAAAGCUCAGCAGUUUGGAUUGCUGGUUUGCAGCUCA